CAGAGCUGAAAGGAGGUGUGACGGUUAUAUCAUUGUAUUCAAGGUAUCCUAGGAGAUUGAUCUACAAAAUGUUGCUGUUUGUUUCCACAUUGUGUUUAGUGGCAGCUGCCUCUGCACAGUUCCCUGCCAGAUGUGAGGCUCCCAUGGAAUGGGAGGGAGAUGCAGCAUCUCAUGACCACAACUACAAGUACCAAAGAUAUGGGAAGGUGUCUUAUGAUGCAUACAACCAGAGAGUGCGAUUUGUUGACAAAAUCUACUUUGACAACAGGACUGAAUACUCAGAUUCACUCUACCUACACAGGGAGCAUGUUGAAUAUCGCAUUGACAUGAAAACAAGAAAAUGUGAGAAGCGACCAAUCACAUGGGAGUGGUAUCCAGAGGAGGUGCCGAGGAACUCUACAUUCUAUGGGGAGGCCUACUUGGGUGCUAGCAUUCCCGAGGCUGGGGUCGAGGUGUCAAUGUGGGGAGCUGAGUACAAAGAGUCAAGUGGAGCUACAGUCCGCUGGAAUGGAGAGUUUACCACUGUUGGGUGCAUCCCAGUGCAUACUUCCAGGAGUAGAUCAAGUGAUUACGUCUCAACCCAUUUCUAUGACGUUACAGUAGGAAUUUCAGACCCGAAUGUUUUCAUUCCCCCCAAAGAAUGUCUGUAAACGACAGCAUCUCGAAGAGACUCCUAACAACUAUAACCAGCCUCCCGGAGGAUCACUCAGACAAAGGAUAAUAUUUCCGACAAUGACUCAUUAAGGAUCAAAAUCCCAAUGGACACUUCAUAGACAUUAGAAUAACAAUUCCUUUCGCACUAUUACUAUCAUGAAUAUACGUAUCAAUGAAGCUUGGGCUAAUUAAGAAAAUCAAUGCAUGCUUUUCUACUCUUUAUAUACUGAUGGAAAAGUUCAAGGAUUAAAUAAUAAAAAUAC